AUGGGUAUGGGCAGCUGCGCGUUUGAGACUGGAGUCACGGAAGGCAAGGUUACGAAGGGCGGCGAGAAUAGUGAGCACAGCUUCGGCGGUGGAUUGACGUACAAGAGGUAG